AUGUCGCCGAAGUUAUACGUAUGGAUCUUCUGUAUCUGUGAUGUUGUUUCACUGGUAGUUCAGGGUGCCGGAGGUGGCAUGGCUUCGUCUGGAGGUGGUGGGGGUGGCUCAACAGCAACCUCAUCGUCAAGUUCGGCAGCGGCGAGCGCUUCUUCAGUCGCAAGAUCAUUAUUGGCACGGGCUACAGAGAGUUCCAGCAGCAGCAGCAGCAGCCAGACAACAGGUACCCACAUUAUGGUUGGGGGUAUCAUUUUCCAGCUUGUUUCCAUCACCUUUUUUGUUGGGUGUGCCGCCGAUUUCGCUUGGCGGGUUUACAAGCAGAGCCCAAUGGCUGUGCGUCGAAACAAACCUUUGCUGCUCCUCGGGGCCGCGACGGCCUUCGCCCUUCUGCUAAUUUACAUUCGGAGUGUCUAUCGUACAAUUGAGCUGCUGCAUGGGUGGACAAGCUCAACGAUGCGAAAUGAGAAGCUGCUGAUUGGUCUCGACGGCGCAAUGAUGGUUCCUGCCGUGAUGAUCUACAACUUGAUUCAUCCUUCUCAUCUUCUGCCAAAAAUUUCGCAAAACAUCAACUAUUUCAAACCUGAAUCUUACCAGAUGGGUUUGGUCAACGAUUCAUUCGAAAACCCGCGAUAUGAGAAAAACGACAACGCGACACUGUUGGACCGUACCUGA